CAGCAAAGCACACCAACUCGAGCACAAGAUUCUGAAUGUGACUCACCAGUGCGUCACCACCACCAUGCCUCCGUGCGCCGAGCUUGAAACCCCCACUCGCGACUCCCAGCCUCGCUUCUUCCUCGAAAGACGCACCUCUCGUUCCACUAUUCGCUGCGGCGCCAUCCACGGCCCUGCAUACGGCGGCGAUCGUCACGCUCAACGCACAAUUCGCGGCGGAAUGGCGGCAGAUCCGAGAGAUUCAGACGGCAUGGCGCGGCGCUGCGGGGAGCUCGAGACAACGGAGAAGGAAAGCUGGCCGCUCAAACGAGAGCGCAGCGAGGACUCGAUCUCCCAGCCGGUAGAAGAUGCACCGCCAGUUGCGCCUGCGGAAGGCGGCGCGGCGAUGGAAUCGUCCAGCGUGAAGUCGAAGGCGGGCGCGGGCAAGACGGCGGCGGCUCACGGAAGCGCGCGGCCGUGCAAGCGGUCGAAGCUGAUUCUGUUCGAGCACCGGCUGCCACGCGACGGGCACAUCUGGCUCAAGUACGGCCAGAAGGAGCUCUCGGGCGGCACCCACACCAGGCACUAUUUCCGCUGUGCGCACCGUGUGGGCGACGAGCAGUGCGAGGCGCGGCGAGUGGUGGACUUCAACAAGGUGGCGCCGGACAGCGACCUCGCCAUCUCGUACAGCGGCCGCCACCACCACGCGCCGCCCGUCACCAUCCUCUCACUGCACCACCCCGCCUCGCCCCCGCAGGGCCCCGCGCACCUUGCUGCCGCCGAUACCGCUGCUGGUGGCGGUGCGGAUGCAGUGUCUGGUGGCGGCAGUGGUAGCGGGUGGCCCAGUUCGUCGCCCAGGCGGCCGGCGGAGAAAGGCGGGGCGGCGGAGAGUGAGGGCGGAUGGGCGGGGGAGGAGAGCGGCAGGACCCAGGCAGGGGGGGCGGCUGGCGGUGAUGCGGCGGCCACUGCCGCGGGGCUGGCGGCGCAGUGGCAGGAGAGGCAGCAGGAGCAGAUGAGAGAGGCGGCUGCUGCUGCAGCAGCAGCAGGAGUCAGUGUCUCUGCAGUGCCGCAGCACGGCGGUGGUCGGUUACAGCCCAGUGCCGCAGAGCCGCCCGUGGCUGCGGCCGACAUGCAGCAGCAGCAGCAGCAGGUGUCGGCGUCCGCCUCUGCGUCGCCCCCCCACCCCAGCAGCAGCCCCGCCUGGUGCCACCCCCCCGCUGACUCCGCCCCCAUCACCCCUCAUGGCGCUGCUGCUUGCACGCCCGCGUGGGGAAUGGGCGAGGCGGCGUGCGUGGCGGGCGGGCAGCAGGCGAGCAGCAGGUGCAGCGAGUGCACGUGCGGCGCUGAGAGGGCGGGGCAGCACAUGUGGCAGCACCCAUGGCAGCAGCAGCAGCAGCAACAGCUGCAGGUGCAGCCGCAGCAGCAGUACCAGGGACAGCAACACGAGCAGGCACACCAAGAACAGCACCAGCAGCACCAGCAGUACCAGCAGUACCAGCCAGCACACGAGAAGCCACAUCAGCAGCAGCAGCAGCAGCAGAUGGCAGGUGCGGCAGAGGAUAGCUCGCAGGCGGUGGCAGUGCAAUAUGGGGGCGGCUGGCCUCACCCCGACCACCCUCAGCUGCCGCACUCUCUGCACUUAGUGCACCCCACAGCAGCGGCUGCGGCAGUGGAGGCGGCAGUAGGUGCGGUGGUGGCAGCAGCACCUGCUGUGAGCAGGCUGAGGCGGGCAGACGCAGGGCUGUCGCAAGAAGACCUGCACGCCAUGGCCGCGCAUGCCGCCUUGCCCCCCAUGGCCGCGCAUGCCAAUCACUGCGAUCCAUCCACCAAUGCUGCACCCCCUCCUGCUGCCUGGAGCGACACUUUCCCCUGCCACCCAUCAAGCAGCCCUGCCCCCCUUCUGGGCCCAGGCUCUCCGCCGCCAUUCACAGCUGCUGCUAUCGCCUCCUCCCUCGCCGACACCUCCGCCCCUCAACACCUCUCGCACCCCACCGCCGCUCCCAUGUCCUUCAUGCCUGCCCCCCCUCCCCCCCAAUCCCUGCCGUCCCUGCCGCCCCUGCCGCCCCUGCCGCCCAUGCCGUCCCUGCCCGCCCCUGGCGCGUCCUCAGAGGGCGCCGCCAUGCCGGAGUGGCUGCGGCGGCUGCAGCGGUGCCGCAGCAGCGUGGCAUGGCAGCUGGUGCAGGGCGAGGGCGAGAGGGAGGGGGACGGCGGGCCCAAGCGAAUCCUCAUUUCUGAAAACAGCUUUGGCGCGCUCGUGGUGACCAACGCCCUCACGGCGCAUGCAGGCGAGGUGGUGUGCGUGGGCAGUGGGAGGGAGGGCGGGGGGGAGAACGCAGUGGGGAUGGGCGGAGCAGAGGCAGGGGGAGAGAGGGCGGAGUUGGCAGGCGGGAGGCAGGUGCAGGGAGGGGAGCAGGGGCAGGAGGAACAGCAGGCGCAGGGGGAGAAGCAUGAGGCAGCGCAGUGGGCGGGAGAGGGGGUGGGGAUGGGUCAGGGGAGGGAGGCGUCGUUCGAUGCGGAGCAGCUGUUCUCGCUGCUGCACAACCUGCCCGCACUCGACUGCCCCAUGCCCGAAUGACCUGAAUGACCUGCCAGCACCACCCCAUGCCCGAAUGACCUGCCAGCACUGCUCCAUGCCCGAAUGUCCCCCUGGCAACUGGUGAGACACAGGGCAGUGGGAAAACUGGGGGCGUGGAAUGACAUAGCACUGCCAGUACACAGCAGAAUGUGUAUUAACAUGUAGAGAUUGAACUCGUACCUAUAUAUUGAUUCUUGUUUUGUAUCUUUAGUGAGCAGUGUUUGUGCAAGCAAGGUGUUGGGCUGAGAAAAGCCCUAGGAUCUUUUCAGAGACUAAGUGUCGUGGCACUGGGAUAACCCUGCCGAUCCUCUCUCUCUGUCUCGGGAGGGUACUGGAGAGGCUUUCUCCGGGGAAGGUGGAUAUAUGGAGCCUAACCCUCCUGAUGACAUCCCUUCUUGUCCCAGUGGUUAGGACUGGUGACUUUCUGACUCUAAGUCCCACUUGUAUGCAAUGAUUGAGUAGUG